GUUAAGUUCCCAUUAAUUUGUACACACAAUUAGAAAUGUUUUGAACUACGUAGAAAAAUGAGUGAAAAUAUUAAAGUUGUAGUUCGCUGUCGCCCUAUGCACCGAAGUGAAAAUGAAAACAAGUGUGAAAACAUUGUUGAAAUAAAUGAGUAUGCAGUUUCCGUGACAAAUCCUUCGGCUCGCCUCGCUCCAAAAAAAAUGUUCAUUUUUGAUAGUGCUUAUGAUAUGAUUACGAAAACUGAAGUGAUUUAUAACGAAAUGUGCUAUUCAUUAGUAGAGAGCACUAUCGAGGGAUAUAAUGGAACCAUUUUUGCUUACGGCCAGACAGGUUGUGGAAAAACACACACAAUGCAGGGCAACGAAAAUUUAAGAAGCGGCAGUGGAAUAAUUCCUAAGUGUUUUGAUCACAUAUUCGAGACAAUAUCAAUGGCAAAUAAUGUCAGAUAUUUGGCCCUCGUAAGCUAUUUGGAAAUUUACAAUGAAAAUAUUCGAGACUUGCUCAAUACAAAUGAAAGUACGAGCAUGAUAAAUCAUUCUCUUAAAGAAAUUCCAGGUAUUGGUGUUUCAGUUCCCACGCUGACCACGCAUCCCGUUAUUAAUGCAAACCAGUGUUACGAUUGGUUAAACUUGGGAAAUAAAAACCGUGUUACUGCAGCGACGUUAAUGAACGAAAAAAGCUCCCGUUCGCACACUAUAUUUACUAUUACUUUGGAACAAUCUCCAUUUUUUAAUAGUAUUGCGACAGAGAAUGACUUAAGAGGAAUACGCCGAGGAAAAUUAAGCUUAGUUGACCUAGCAGGUUCAGAGAGACAGCGUAAAACUGGAGCUCAAGGAGAUCGACUUAAGGAAGCGUCUAAAAUUAAUUUAUCACUUUCUGCCUUGGGAAACGUAAUUUCAUCUUUGGUUGAUGGUAAAGCAAAGCAUGUACCGUUUAGGGACUCAAAACUUACACGUCUGCUCCAGGAUUCCUUAGGAGGCAAUACAAAAACUUUAAUGAUAUCCUGUAUCUCACCAUCAGACAUAAGUUAUGACGAAACUAUAUCCACACUCAGGUAUGCAAGUAGAGCGAAGAAUAUUUCAAACAGACCCAUAAUCAAUGAAGAUCCUAAAGAUGCAAAGCUUCGUCAGUACCAAAAUGAAAUAUUACAUUUGAAAAGAAUGCUUGAAGAGACUCAACAAAAAAUGCUUUACAGAAAUGAUGAAAAAAUUAAAUCAAUUGAGUUACCUAUGGCAAUUUUAAAUGUUACAAAUCUUAAUUCAAGGAAAGAGGAUCAAAUAACUGAAUCAGGUGAAGAUCCCGAUGUACCGCUAAAAACCAUAAACUCAAUAUCAAUAAAGCCAAGUCACUCUUCUUUUCAAUCAAAAGAAGAAAUGCAAUUGCAAGCCCGAAGUCGCAUCGACUUCAUUAAACGCACUUUAGUUGGAGGUGAACGUGUUGAUGACUUCAAACUAAAAGAACAGCACAAAGCUAGAAAAUUUGCAGCACAACGUCACUUAAGUGCUAUCGCCUAUGCAUUAAGCAGAGUUAAAUGUGAGGACCGUGACCUCUUGCAGGGACAUUAUGCUACUAUUACCCAAGAAAUAAAUAUAAAAAAUAAUCACAUUAAAAACUGUGAAGAGAAAAUAAAAAUGCUUGAAAUGGAAGUUUCCGAUUUAAGUUCAGAGUUUCAGCUGGAUAGAGAGGAUUAUUUAGACGAAAUUCGAAAUCUCGGCCGUCAUAUAAAGUUUUAUCAACAAUUGGUUUAUAAAUUGAAUCCGAGUUUUCAAAAAAAUGGCAAAAACUGGACCCCGGAUAUUGUAAUGCGAAAUUCUUCAUGGAAUGAUGACCUUAAAAUUUGGCGGAUUCCAGAGAUCGAUUCACUUAAACUUCCCCCGGCUACUCCAAAAUCAGGAUUUCAUCGUAUUCAUAGUUCAAUUAUCGAUAGUAAUAACGUAAAACAUAUAAACUUUAAAUUCAACCGAGACGCUAAGGCAACAGAAAAAUAUAUUGACUUUUACAUUUAACAAAAAUGGAUUACUGGGCCACUGAAACAAGAAUUUGGAUUGUCCGCCGCUAUCACGCACUAGAGUCCGUAGUUUCGGUUCAAAGAGAGUAUAGGCGCACGUUUGACGGCAAUCCUCCGAGCAGUUGGACCAUAAUGAGACUUGUAAACAAUUUUGCCGAGCAUGGGACAGUCAACAGAAGACCUUACCAUCGAAACCCUUCGGUUCGAACGGAGGAAACAAUCACAAAACAAGCCACGUGUUUCGACAAGAAGCUUACCUGCUCAUAUGGGCGUAAGCAGACAGUCAUUACAGUCCAUUAUGCACAAAAAUUUGGACUUAUUCCCAUAUAAAAUUCAAAUGGCCAACAAACUGAACGCUGCAGACUUGCCGAUUCGCUUGGAAUUUUGCCAGAAGAUGCUUCAAAUGGUGGAAGAGGUUGGAAACAUGUUGAACUGUCUUUUCAUGUCUGACGAGGCCCAUUUCGAUUUAAACGGCAACAUAAACAAACAAAAUUGACGAAUAUGGAGUGCUUCCAACCCACAGAUACUCCAUGAGACGGAAUUGCAUCCACUUGGUGUCACAGUGUGGUGUGCAGUUUCAUCACGCUGCAUUGUCGGGCCCUACUUCUUCGAAGAAAACGGUUACACCGUUACGGUUACUGGAGACCGUUACUUGAGCAUGUUGAGAGAGUUUUUUUAUCCAGAAUUUCGCCCAAAGAGAAUUUCUUUCAACUCUGUGUGGUUUCAGCAAGAUGGUGCAGCUCCUCACAUAGCCCAACCUGUUAUGACAGAAUUGCGACGAAAAUUUCCCAAUAAGCUGAUAUCCAGAAACUCCACAUUCCAUUGGCCACCCAGGUCGCCUGACCUUACUGCACCUGACUUUUUCUUGUGGGGUUAUUGCAAAUAGGAAGUCUACAAAACAAAACCAACAAAUUUGAAUGAACUAAGGCAAUCCAUUCGAGAAACAAUUGCGGCUAUUCCUGUCUCAACUCUCCAAGCAGUAAUGAACAACUUUUUGGUAAGAUGCCGCACAUGCAUCAACGAGCAGGGGGGGGCAUUUAAAUUCCAUUAUAUUUAA